CCGACUGCUCCCCAGAUUUUUUUCCUUGCACCACCUUUUGUCAACUUUGUGGCAACUCAGCAGAAGUUACUCCGACUUGUUUUGGUUUUGUUUCUUUUAUUUCACAGACUACAGGCUGCAUAUUUGUACUUCGGCUCAGGAAGGAAUGAGUUUCCCGGACUGGAAUUAGAAGCGGAUCCAAUAAAAAGACAGCAUGUCUGCUACCGGAGACCCGAGAGACGAGUUUUCCACUGACGAGGAUGUGGAAGCAGCGACGCUGAAGAGGCGCACAGAGCAGGUGUCCCGCUUGCCCUUCAGUGUUGAGGCGCUCAUGUCGGACAGGAGGUCGCCGCCAGCAACUAACGGAGAGACGGGAAAUUACACUUUGACCGAUGACACUGCGCACAGGCCGGAUGAGAUUUCCCAUCAGCUGGUAUCUAUUAAACCAGAGCCACUAGAGCAAGGAGGAAGUCCUUGGGUAUCCAACUCAUUAGAGAUGUCAACAAAAGCUCGUCAGAUCAGUCCUGCAGUUUGCUCCUUGAGGAAGCACAAAACCAACCGCAAGCCUCGCACUCCCUUUACCGCAGUGCAACUCCUCACCCUGGAGAGGAAAUUUCAUCAAAAGCAGUACCUAUCCAUCUCCGAACGGGCCGAGUUCUCCUCCUCCCUGUCACUGUCCGAGACCCAGGUCAAGAUCUGGUUUCAAAAUCGACGAGCCAAAGCCAAGAGGCUUCAGGAGGCCGAGGUGGAGAAACUCAAGAUAGCUGCCGGUGUUGCCUCCAAAGCUGUGUUCUAUCCAGGCUUUUCUUCUGUUGCCUUUUCACAAAGUGUUAACAUGCAGACUGGUUCAGCAGGGCUGUACAGACUGGGAUGCUCAUACAGCCGCACCCCCUUCCUCCCUGCUGCACACCUGGCCAUGUACGCCUCACAACUCGGCUACAGCCUGUUUCCCUUGUCCUGAGAGGGGGCGGCAAUGCACUGAAAGAAUCAUUAAGCAAUGAGCCAUAUGAAAAAAACAUAAUUUCAAAAGAUUUAUGAAGUUGAAGCUUCCUGGUGUUUUCUUGUCUCGAAUUACAAUUUAUUUUAAAUAAUAAAUGUCAUUAAUUUCGAAAAGACUCCAUCAGUGGGAGGCCAAAGAUAAAGCAUCCUCACAGUCUUUAUUUGAAGUUUGCAAAUAUUCUCUUCUUAAUAUCAGAUGAUGUGUUUUGCCGCCUUCUGAAUAGUUUUCACUUCUUUUAUUGUAUUUUGUGAAUAGCUUAAGUGUAUUUUUUUUUACUUGUUAGCAUUGAAAAUAUGGAGAAGUUAGAGAAUGACAGUUUAGGUGGGGGCAAGCCAGUAACUGCAUCCAAUACUCCCACAUGAGGCAUACUGUAUUUUCUUUUUAUAGCUCUUAGUCAUAUAUUUAAUGGUGCUUAUCUAGAUUUUUAAAUGCUAAUAUUUUAUUUGUAUUAAAAUGAAACACCCUUAAUCAUUUUCUACUGCUUUUUCGUAGCAUGCAUUAAAUAUAAAGCAAUAGAAAUGACCUGGUAAGCUGAAUCUGGCCAGUAUAGUUGUGUAGUAAAACACCAACUUUGAUUUGUGUUUCCACAAUGAGCUGGUCUUUAUAUCGUCAGCUGGUAACCCAUCUGCUUCCUCUUGUUUACCCCACCUUCAUCUUUGUGGCUCUCAUUUAAAAGCAGCUAGUUGUUUGUACUUUAGAACUGCUGCUCUCCCAGAAAUCCUAUUUACCAAACUUCUGCAGUGAUCAAACCUCCUCUCACAGCACAGGCCACCCCACGUAAGGGCUUCAAAUAAUGAGUAAAAUCUCUGUUCUGUUCUAGUUUCAUGAUUGUGCAACAUUCAUUUUAUUAUUUUAUUAUUUAAUAAUGUUUCCUCUUGCAGUUACAAAUAGAAAUGUCUUCUGUGAGAAGUACCACUACAACAUCAUAGAUUUUUAACUAUUGAUCAUAAAUGGUUUAGUUCCAUCCUAGCUAAAAGUGACAGCUUUGCGCACUGCAUCAAAAAUUGGCCACUUUAUCUGUCACUUCUGGUCAGGAAAUGGCUAAACCACAAGUUUAGAGUUUGUUGAGCCCAACAAAUUUAUAAAGAAAUCAUUUCUUUUUUAAAUCAGUGUGAGCUGGUUAGAUAGCGUCACUAUUUAUUUGUUUGUAACAGCAGUGUUGCUGUAUCAAGUGAUGGAAAUAAUGCUGAAUGAGUCGUUUCUCUUUCACUUAUUGAAAGAACCCUGUCAUAGUAACAUGGAGGAAAAUAACGACACAGUUGGCUUCAUCCUAUUAUUGCAGUGGCUGUCCAUGUGAAACUUUACAUUGAAUUUCCACAUGUAUUACCCAGGGAGCCUUUGAUGUAAGGAAGCUGUGCGUGACAGAAAUUUAGUGUAACCACUGAGCUGCUCACUUACCAAUCAGCUUUAGAGCUUUAUACUGAAGACUGAGAGCAUGGUAUAGUGCAGUAUGACUGCUGCUCUCAUGGUCUGUGGUAAACGAGUUGAGCAUUUGUAGUUUGAAACAUUUCUUCUGCCAUAUGUGCCUUAUUAUUUUUGGCAUAAAUGAGCAUUCUCUGUAAAUAGCACCUCUUUACAAGCUAAAUUGUAAGCAGGCUUUCACGUUGCUCUUGAUAUUGUGGAGAUUUGGAUUUUUGUUAACUUUUCUGAAGUUUUGUACUAAAGAUAAAUUCAGUCUCUUACUGUGAACGUUGCAAUGCUGCAUCAUACCAGGCUGUCCCCUUGCAAUCACUGGUUUAACUGUGCUUGUCCCAGAAUACUGGCUCCAAAACUCUGUGAAAUUAACAGACUUGUUGAUAACAGAACAGGUUAUUAUAUGGUCUCUCUCCUUCUGUAAACUUGGAAAAAGCUUGUUACCACUAGCAAAUAUUUCACAGUCCAUUUACUUUCCUCCAUUUGAAAAGUAAACUCAGCAUUAUGCUUGUAGUAAGGCCCUUAAUGGCUUUGAUUGGCCAAUAACCACAGUCUCAGUUUCAGAUGUUUCAGUGACAAAUAAAAUCUGAAAAAGAAAAAAAUGAAUAAUUAUUAUAACCCUAAACCCUGGAAAUGAAUUGGAAAAAAUAAAUAAAUAAAAAGACAACAUUCGACAAAAAAUGACAGAAGUGUGUCUUGAGUUUCUUGGGCUGAAUAGUCAGUAAGGGUUCAGCUAAAGCAAGUUUUAGAAUGUCGUUAGCUGAAAGGGCAAACAGGUCCAACACAGCGCAUAAAGGCUUAAAGGAUACAUUCACAUUUUCAACUCCAUCUUAAUGAGUACUCAUCUUCCGGUAAUGUGCAUGGAAACAGCUUUUGGUUGCAAUCAUUCUUCCUCUUCAUACUGACAGAAAAGAGAUUCCCUUUAAACUGGCUUCCAACUAAGAAGACAGGACAAAAACUGCUCUUUGCAUGCAAACUACUUUCUGAAGUUAAAAUGCUGAAAUUCUAGUAAUAAUAAUGCGAAUAAAAGAUCAAGCUUCUUUUGCAUUUAUGUUUGCCAUUAUGUUCAGAAAAUGAACCCUUAUUGUCUAAUUAAGAAAUGCUAACAGAUUUGAAAGUGAUUGUGAAUCAUGGUAAGCUCACUGCAGGACUGAAAAACUCUUGCAGUUGUUACCAAAAUCCACUAGAUGUAGCAGCUUCCUAUCUGUUGCUGUUUAGAAACCAGCAUCUGUGUAGUAGUUCUUCGUAUUUAAAAGACAUUGAUCAGAGCACUUUAGUUAACACCAUAACAUCUUAGACAGAGUUUACAUGAUGGUUAACUUGCAAGUCUCCAUUUCUUAGGUAAUGUAUGUUAAAUUCUUUAUGAGUAACCUGGUGAUUAAAAACAGAAAACUGAGUUUCUUAUACACUCAUUAAAUUAAAUGGUGCAUCAUUUCUGCUUCUAUUGUAAAUUAAAUAUUCAGACUGAGGACAAAUGACUCCCCUGUUCUCUUUUAUAUUGAAAUAGAUGAAGAUAUGCACUGAAACAAGCAGCUGUUUAAUUCUACCAGACAUUUGUAGCACUCAGAAUGACAGGACGUGGUUUAUGAAUGAAUUUAUUCUGCUAAAAUCUGUUCAAGGCUAAAGAAAGGAGUCUGAACCUUUGCUCCAAAAGAAGAGAAAAGCCACAGUUGGAUUUCUCGCUGCCCCUCUCCUCUCCUGUCCCAACCUGUUGAGCAGAAAACUGAGAUUCAGUUCAAUCUAUCAGCAUCCAACUGCACACAUCUUAGCUCAGAUACACUUCAUGCUUCAUAGCAAAAAAAACCCCAAAAAGAACCACCACACUUCUCACAAAGGGAGGCAGAAAUGUGAUAUGUGAGAGAUUGGAUAGGGGAGCAGAAUUUUCUUUUACUAUCCAGAAGAGUUAAACAUUUUAUGGUGUAUACUAAGCAGCACCUAGAAGAAAUGAGCUCCAAGCAGCUUUGUAGCUCCAACAGCAGCAUCAAUGAACACUGUGAGGUCAUGUUUGCUGUUAUAAUGAAUCAUAAAGCUAAUGUAGUCAACUCCACUGAUCACAUGAUGGUGAGACGUUUUCUGUAUGUGCAUCAUUUUUCUGUACUACACUAAUGUCAAAUAUUUGUUAAUAAGUGUUUUUUAUGUUUCAACUUGAAUGUGUUUUCCUAGGUUGCAGACUGCUGAAAGCCACUAUACAUUGACACAUAGUUCAAAGUGCUAUAAUAAGAAAGGAAGUGCUUUCAUCUUGUCUUCAAAGCUGCAAAGCAGGUGUGUGUCUCUGCACAGUCCCUGUGUUGUCCUCCAUCAAUGCUGUAAAUUUUCAGGUUCUGCAUCUCUGAACUUUUUUCUUUACUCUGUCCGUCUGUCUCAACAUCAUUAAAAGGCCUUACAUGUUUAGUUCAUGAAAGGUACAAAAAGGUGUCAGCAGUCUUGAUCUAAUUAGACACAAGUCAAGCUCCAUCCCGUUGCUGUUAUAGUUCAUUUGUGUGCUUAAUAUGAAAGCAUAAGCUGUGAAUUCGAUACAGUAACAAGUUCACAGAUUCCUCACUGAGGGAAUUUGAUCUGUACCGAAACACACAUGCUCACACGCAGACUUUGAGUAAUCCCACUACUAGCAGUUUCUUUCUUUUGUUUAGUUCUUUCAGCUGGUUUCAAGGGACAUUUCCCUCAAGCUGGCUGGCCAAACAACCUGACCCAUUUAAACAUAAAGACACACCUAAAAGCUUUGGCUUUGAGGUUUUGCGACAGAAAGCUUCUCUCUCUGCCUCUAUGUUUUUUUUUUUUUUCCCAUUUCCACA